UGGGUGCGGGACCAGGGCCCUGCGGGGCGCGCAGGGUGAGUCUGUGGAAUAGUGGUGGAGGACGGCGCCACGCUAGGCGGGGGUCCCAGGGAGUCGGCUGCAGGGGUGUCUGCUGGGAGGGCUGGACCGCGGGGCUCACCGAGGUCCGACGGUCGCCCGCAGGGUGAGGCCCCCAAGAAGCUGCGGCAAGUACCGCGCCCGCCGAGCUCGCUCCCGCGCCCGCCCCAAGAUGGCGGCCCUCCCCCUCCCCUUGCGCGCGCCUCCGCCGCUCGGGGCGCGGCCCCGCGGCCCGCGCGCUCCUGGGCGGGGGAUGUUGUGAUGGAGAAGCCGCGGCGGAGCCCGAACCCCGCAGCCUGAGCCACCUCCGUCAUCUGGGCCCGGGGCCUCACCGCGCAGGAGCUGCCAAGGCCAUGUCUGUUCCAUCAUCACUGAGCCAGUCGGCCAUUAAUGCCAACAGCCACGGAGGCCCCGCGCUGAGCCUACCCCUGCCUCUGCACGCUGCCCACAACCAGCUGCUCAACGCCAAGCUGCAGGCCACAGCUGUGGGACCCAAGGACCUGCGCAGCGCCAUGGGGGAGGGUGGUGGGCCUGAGCCAGGCCCUGCCAAUGCCAAGUGGCUAAAAGAGGGCCAGAACCAGCUCCGGCGGGCCGCCACGGCCCACCGUGACCAGAAUCGCAAUGUGACCUUGACCUUGGCGGAGGAGGCCAGCCAGGAACCUGAGAUGGCACCCUUGGGCCCCAAAGGCCUGAUACACCUGUACUCUGAGCUGGAGCUCUCAGCUCACAACGCAGCCAACCGAGGCCUACGAGGACCUGGCCUGAUCAUCAGCACUCAAGAGCAGGGGCCCGAUGAGGGAGAGGAGAAGGCGGCCGGGGAGGCCGAGGAGGAGGAGGAGGAGGAUGAUGAUGAAGAGGAGGAGGAGGACUUAUCUUCUCCCCCAGGGCUGCCUGAGCCCCUGGAGAGUGUGGAGGCCCCUCCCAGGCCCCAAGCCCUUACAGAUGGCCCCCGGGAACACAGCAAGAGUGCCAGCCUCCUGUUUGGCAUGCGGAACAGUGCAGCCAGUGAUGAGGACUCAAGCUGGGCUACCUUAUCCCAGGGCAGCCCCUCCUAUGGCUCCCCAGAGGACACAGCCUCCCACCUGGCAGAUUCCUUCUGGAACCCCAACGCCUUCGAGACGGAUUCCGACCUGCCGGCUGGAUGGAUGAGGGUCCAGGACACCUCAGGGACCUAUUACUGGCACAUCCCAACAGGGACCACCCAGUGGGAACCCCCCGGCCGGGCCUCCCCCUCACAGGGGAGCAGCCCCCAAGAGGAGUCCCAGCUCACCUGGACAGGUUUUGCUCAUGGAGAAGGCUUUGAGGAUGGAGAAUUUUGGAAGGAUGAACCCAGUGAUGAGGCCCCAAUGGAGCUGGGACUGAAGGAACCUGAGGAGGGGACAUUGACCUUCCCAGCUCAGAGCCUCAGCCCAGAGCCGUUGCCCCAAGAGGAGGAGAAGCUUCCCCCACGGAAUACCAACCCAGGGAUCAAGUGUUUCGCCGUGCGCUCCCUAGGCUGGGUAGAGAUGACCGAGGAGGAGCUGGCCCCUGGACGCAGCAGUGUGGCAGUCAACAAUUGCAUCCGUCAGCUCUCUUACCACAAAAACAACCUGCAUGACCCCAUGUCUGGGGGCUGGGGGGAAGGAAAGGAUCUGCUACUGCAGCUGGAGGAUGAGACACUAAAGCUAGUGGAGCCACAGAGCCAGGCACUGCUGCACGCCCAACCCAUCAUCAGCAUCCGCGUGUGGGGCGUCGGGCGGGACAGUGGAAGGGACUUUGCCUACGUAGCUCGUGAUAAGCUGACCCAGAUGCUCAAGUGCCACGUGUUUCGCUGUGAGGCACCCGCCAAGAACAUCGCCACCAGCCUGCAUGAGAUCUGCUCUAAGAUCAUGGCCGAACGGCGUAAUGCCCGCUGCUUGGUAAAUGGACUCUCCCUGGACCACUCUAAACUUGUGGAUGUCCCUUUCCAAGUGGAAUUCCCAGCACCUAAGAAUGAGUUGGUCCAGAAGUUCCAAGUCUAUUACCUGGGGAAUGUACCUGUUGCUAAACCUGUUGGGGUAGAUGUGAUUAAUGGGGCCCUCGAGUCAGUCCUGUCCUCCAGCAGCCGUGAACAAUGGACCCCAAGUCAUGUCAGUGUGGCCCCUGCUACCCUCACCAUCUUGCACCAACAGACAGAGGCAGUGCUGGGAGAGUGUCGGGUGCGUUUCCUCUCCUUCCUGGCCGUGGGCAGAGAUGUCCACACGUUUGCAUUCAUCAUGGCUGCCGGCCCAGCCUCCUUCUGCUGCCACAUGUUCUGGUGCGAGCCCAAUGCUGCCAGCCUCUCAGAGGCUGUGCAGGCUGCGUGCAUGCUUCGCUACCAGAAGUGUCUGGAUGCCCGUUCCCAGGCCUCCACCUCCUGCCUCCCAGCACCCCCUGCUGAGUCUGUGGCACGGCGUGUAGGGUGGACUGUCCGCAGGGGUGUUCAGUCGCUGUGGGGCUCCCUGAAGCCCAAACGGCUGGGGGCCCAUACCCCAUGAAGAAGCCCCCACCUUCCCUCCACCUGCUUGUGUUGGGCCCCAGGGAACUAAAGGGUGUGGGUCAGGGAGGGGUCUAGAGGCUAUUCCUAGGCCUCAGGCCUCCCAAAUAUGCCCCUCCCCAGUAGCUACGGUUCCCUGCCUAGGAGCUGGGGAGGGAGAGAUCUAAUCCCUUCAAGGAAGUGAUAACACUGGAGUGGUAACAAGAGGAGCAGGAAGCAAGGCCAGCCCUGGUUCUCCAUCCCCAUGUGUUUCAGGUGGAACAGGAGGAACUGGUCCAGGCCAGGCCUCAUCCUCCUGGACCCAGCAGGGGCAGAAGGAGGAAGGGACUGGUCCAGGCAUGGGUCCCUUCCCCCUGCUCCAUGGGCACCUCUGCUGUAUUGAUAUCACUAAUAAAGUCUGUCUGCACUGC